AUGGUUCAGCUGUCGACAGUGGACGCCCAACGGGAGCAGCUCUCCAGGAAGAGGGGGCGGGCAGCUCGGGCCUACGGUUUCCACACCUUCGCCGAUCCCGGCUGCCCGCUCGAACUUUCCGGCGCCUUCCGCGACAAUGUCCGCCAGUUUCUCCAAGAAUGCGGAGAGGCCGAGGACUAUGCCGUGGAGGGGAUGCCCACUUGGAAGACCAUCUUGAUCGAGGAGGCUUCGGGAGUCGCCAUCCCGCUUUACGUCGUCGAGGAGCACGUUUCCCAGUCUUUCAGGCCACAUUGUGAUUACUGCAGAUGCAGCGGGUGGAGCCACCACUUCGUAUCGAAACGCCGGUACCAUUUUAUCAUUCCACGGUCGGACUCGUCACACAAACCGCUCGGCGUCGGGGGCAGGGAGUCGACGGAAGCGACGGCGUUCGACCGGACCGGUUACCUCCUUCACGGAAUGGUCCAUUGCAACGGCUUCGGUCACCUUAUCACAAUCAACGGCCGGGAAAAGGGUUCGAAAUACGUCUCCGGCCGCGAAAUUAUGGACCUCUGGGACCGAAUCUGCAAUCUCCUUCGCACCAGGGAGGUGACGGUGGACGACGUCGCGAAGAAGCGGGGCAUGGAGCUCCGGCUGCUGUACAACGUCGCGUAUGGACGGACCUGGUUCGGAAGAUGGGGUUACUCCUACGGCCAUGGGAGUUUCGGAGUCACGGAGACGAAAUACGCGACCGCCGUGGAGAUUCUCGGCGGCUUCCCCCUCCCGUCCGUCCUCGACGACUUCCGAGCAGUCGACAACGUCGAUACGAUUCGACGUAUCGUCCGCACUUACCAGAGGCUCAGCGAUACAACGAUGCUGACCGUCAGAGACUUACUCCGGUUCAUGUUGGAGCUUCGGUCCCGCUUCCCUGUUCAACCAUCUGACAAGUUAGACUCAGACGAGCACUUACAGGCUCCGGCGGUGCCGCCGGUGACUCGGAAGUCUCACGCAGAAAAAAGACGGAACGCGGCACCCGUGCCGAAACUGCUCUCGUUUCCGACAAGCCGGUGGUCGGACAAGCGGCUGAGAUACGCCGCAGACGUGAUCGUCGACGCGCUCCUGGACGGCGGCGGUAGAAUGUCGCGGCAGGCGGUGCGAGACGCGGCCCGGCUGACCAUCGGCGACACAGGUCUUCUAGACUUCGUGCUGAAAUCGCUUAACGAGUGCAUCAUCGGCAAGCGCAUCAUCCGUCGGAGGGUAAAUUCGGCAACCCGAGUACUUGAGUAUACCGUAGAGGAGUUCAGUAGUAGUAGCGGUGGCGCUGGUGGUGCUGGCGGCGGCGGUGCUUUGGGUACAGGCAUCGAAAGGGAGCCGGAUUCGGCUGGCGAAGACAGCUGCGGCGGCGGUAGCGUCGGUCAGAUCGGGCUGGAAGAGCUAACCAAGGACAUCAUCUACUUCUACAAGCACGUGGUAGAGAACUACUGGCCGGCGAAGUUGCGGUCGACGACGGAGGCGGCGGUGAUUCAGGCGGCGGCCCGGGCCAUCCUGGACACGAAACGGUUCGUCAAAUCGUGGCCAUUCUUCGACGACGACGACUCGAUGCUUCGGUUCCUGUGCAGCGUGGUGCCGGGGACCGGCGCCGAGGCGGAGGAGCUCAGCCGGCCUCUGCCGCCGCCCGAGGUGGUGGUUGUCCCUUUGUACGCCACCGUGGGCGACCUGAAGAGGGAGGUGGAGAAAGCCUUGCGAGACACGUAUUACAUCGCGCGGGAGUUCGUGGUGGUGGAGGUGGAAGUCGUGGAAGGAAAAGGUGGGGAUGUGGACAAUGAGGAGCCGCUGUUCGGGGUGGCUGAGUCGGGCGCCAGGAUGUGGGUGAGAGGUAGAGGGCUCGACCUCGGCUGCGGCCUGAGGUACGAAGGCGGCGCCGACAAUUGGGUUGUGGACUGCAGCUGCGGGGCGAGGGAUGACGACGGUGAGCGCAUGAUCGCUUGCGACGUCUGCGAAGUGUGGCAGCACACGAGGUGCGGAGGCAUCGGCGACGGCGAGAAUACGCCGGUCAUCUUCUUCUGCGAAGCCUGCGGCUCGUCCUUGAUGCCUAGGGGUAUCCUACCCUUGAUGGAUCCGGUCUGA